ACCACCCCCGUCCUCACACAACCAACCGGCAAAGCGAACAAGAAGAUCAACAAUGUACUACGCAGAGCCCGUGCAUCACUCCCAGGCGGAGGAGUACUUUACCGACCUGAGACAUCCCCCGGAGCACUACGGCUGGAGCACCAGGAGCGUGAUCAUCGUCACCAUGUUGCUCUCCCUGGUGCUCUACGACACCCUCAGGUUGAUCGUCGAGGUCCUCACGCUGGGGAACGAGAGCGGCUCCUCCGCCACCUGGAGGAAGGAGGUCAACAACGAGAGCGAUCGUCUAAAAUUAAAGUCGGCUGAGGUAUUCGGCCCCGUGGCGGCUGCCAUAGAGAAGCUGAGUGAAUCUUAUGAAACGACUACUGUGACAACCCCACCUGGCACUACCGUGACCUAAACUGAGAGUCCACGAGGUGUAACAGUGAACAACAGACGACUACUGUGACAACUUCGCCUGUACCUACCAUGUCCAAAACUGUGUGGGCGUACGUACAUGAGAUGAUGUACAGAACAGCCCUUCGAGGACGGAUGACAAUUCAGUGUUCUUUCGCUUAGCGAAGCAAGCGAAAACAGUUCAAAUUAAAACGAAUGAAGGCCAUCAAAUUCAUGAAUGUCUGGAAGCAAAGACUCAAAGAGGCACCGUAAGGAGGGUCUCUUGCCACAGUUGCAUGACUGCCGUUUUAAGUGUCGAAAAACCUUGUCUAAAUACUGUCUAAAAUAAUGAGUGUAUAUUACCCUCUGUAAAUUAGACAGAGGCGGAGUAAUGUAUUCUGUCUAAUUUUGCCUAAUUCAGGCAAAUUGUAUUUGGUCUGGAUUAGUUUUCAUCAUAUUACCAAUCGCGUUCAAUUCAAUUUAUUUAUGUAUUCAUUCCAUUUAUCCAAGUCAUUUAUUAAUUAGUUUGUUUAUGUGUUUAUUAAUUAAUGUUAAUCAUUAAAACAUUGAAGUGAUUAAGUUUAUAUAAACUGGGAAAAUCUGAAGAACCUCAAAUGUUUGAAUUACAUAAUGGUAUUUUUUCCUCUGUAUGUGAAAAAUAAAUACCUGUAUAGUAUUUAAAAAUUCUAUAAACACACACACACACACACACACACACACACACACACACACACACACACACACACACACACACACACACACACACACACACACACUCAGUAGUUAUUAGAAGAUCUCGGGGACACAUGAUAACCACAUACAAAAUCCUGAGGGGGAUUUGACAGGGUAGACAAGGUAGACACAGGUGGAAGCUGAGCAC